AUGCAGAUGGUGAGUUCGUUAGAAUUUUUUUUUUUAUACAUUAAACGACUUUCACCCCGACAGAAAAUAACGCAAGGAAAGGGAAAGGAAAAGGAAGGGGUUGACGUUAGGGAAAUGACGGUAUCGGGUGAUGGAAAUAAUCACGAAUACGAAAAAGUAAAAAAAUCGGUUUUUCGUUGA